GGGUUAACUCCAGCUCAAGUCUCCGUGAAGCGCAGAGCACUGAUGACGUUGGGUUGGAUGACCAAUCGGGAGGCGCUGCCCUUUGGAGACAAACCAUUUUACUUGUAGUGUCUGCAUCAAGUCUGGAAGCAAGGGCUCAAUUUUAACAGAAUCCACCUUAAAAUCUCUCCCUUAACUUAUGCCUACCUUCCGCCACUUUGAGUGAGAAUAUCACAGGACAAGGGGGGAAAUAAAGACGCCUUCUGGAAAAUUUCGGGUGUUAAUAGGACAAUAUCUGUUCGCGGUGGAGAGGGGAGAGAGACAACAGCACAGCGAGAGAGAGAAAACCGAUUUGGUCUUGAGAGAGAGGGGGGUGAGUGCUCUCAAGGCAGAAAAUUCGAUGAUGACCAUGACUACGAUGGCUGACGGUCUGGAGGCUCAGGACUCGUCCAAGUCUGCUUUCAUGGAGUUUGGACAGCAGUCGCACUCACAGCAGAGCUCCCCAUCGAUGGCCAGCGGCCACUACCCGCUGCACUGUCUCCACUCCGGCUCACACGCUCACCACCAGCACGACAACACCCCGUACUCCGGGACCAACACCUACAACAGGUCGUUACCCUACCCCUACGUGAGCCAUCCGCACCACAGCCCGUACCUGCCAUCCUAUCACAACAACACGGGAGGACAGACAAGGUUAGACGGCGCAGAGCAGCAGAAAACGACAGUCAUUGAAAAUGGGGAGAUUCGUUUUAAUGGGAAAGGCAAGAAGAUUCGCAAACCUCGGACAAUUUAUUCCAGUUUGCAGCUUCAAGCACUGAACCACCGUUUCCAGCAAACACAGUACCUCGCUUUACCGGAACGCGCCGAGCUGGCUGCCUCUCUAGGACUGACACAAACGCAGGUAAAGAUUUGGUUCCAGAAUAAGAGGUCAAAGUUCAAGAAGCUGCUGAAACAAGGCGGCAACCCACACGAGAGCGACCCCAUCCCGGGCUCCAUGUCCCUAUCCCCGCGCUCCCCGACCAUCCCUCCAAUCUGGGAUGUCUCGGCCUCUUCCAAAGGAGUAAACAUGCCGGCCAACAGCUACAUGCCCGGCUACUCUCACUGGUAUUCCUCCCCACAUCAAGAUUCAAUGCAGAGAUAGACUGAACGAGGCGAGAAAGGUCAGUGAGCUGUCUUGGAGGCCUCCGGAUCUCCGCCAUGCAGUUUCCAACGUAGCCUACAAUUUGUGUCAGCGCAACAGACUGGAUGCUGGAGAGGAAGAGGAGGAGGGAAAAAAUGCUGCUGCUCCUCUGCUGAAGGAUAAAAAACACAGCCAAGCCUCGGUGUGAUGACACAAAACAAGGGGACCUAACCAUUCUUUUUUAGCGUACAUGGCUGUUCAGUGGACUCGCAUUUGUUAUGCUUUCAUUCAUGUCAACAUCCUGACCGUCAAUAUACCAAAUAUUAUCAGUGACAUUUCAGCCACUUUGGGGCAAAUACUGACUGACUCUCCAUGCGCUGCGGCGCCCAGAACACUUUCGCCAUGGUGGACUCCUGACUGCUUUUUUAAAUUUUUAUUUUUCUUUCAUUUUUUUUUUGGGUUGUUUCUCUCCAACAUGCAAAACCAAGCAAAUUGUCUGUCUGUAAAUAUAAUCUGCGAUUUUAGUUGUACAUACACUUUUUAUGUUUUGUCAGAUUGAGUAAACCGUGACUCAAAACAGA